AAAGGCACCUGAUUCUGGCGGUUCUGUCCACCUUUUCCCACCCAGGAGGAUAAUUAGCUAAGUGUGUAUAACAAGGGAAGGCCUCCAGACUUUGUCUGUUACUUCCUGUUGGUGUAAGACAGUACAAGGUGCUUGGCAAGAGGUAAGGAAAUUGUGCAAAGAAUGUACUAUUAGGGGUUUAGGUCCACCAGGCGUGCGCUCAGUGACAACAAACAAUCCACCAUGUGGUUGGCUUCACCCUUUCUCAGUCUGCUACUCCUGGUCCUCGGCGCCGGCGGACAGUCCACGCUCAACCAAGAACGGCGCUGCGGGCAGUACACCAACGAACGUCUCGGGGACGGGAACUGUCGUUUCACGGCCGUCAUCCCGCAGGACGCCGACGGAAAAUGUCCCAACCCCUUACAGUGCACCGAGUUCACCAACCUGAUGAACAAUGUUACAGCGCAGGAGGAACAGGCAAAGAUGCUACAGAACAGAGUCACGGACUUGGAGAACGUGAACAAGGACUUGAACCUGUUGUUGGAGACGCACACGGACACCAUCGCACAGCUGCAGAGUAAACUGCACCAGGUCAUGGAGGUCAUCAACAGUAUGCAGAACCACAGCGUGGUCAACGAUGCACCAAACAAAGUUACUGACACUGGCCCUGAGGUUCCUCGGGACUGCGCGAGUCUGUACCGUUUGGGUCACAACACGAGCACGGUGUACAGCGUAACUCCGCAAACCUCCCCACAAGCUGUCCCCGUCUACUGCGAUAUGAACACCUCUGGCGGCGGCUGGACUGUGAUCCAACGCCGCGUCAACGGUUCCACUGACUUUCAGCGCACGGCCAACGAAUACAAAGUCGGGUUUGGCGAAGUCGACACCGAGCAUUGGCUCGGCAAUGCCAUCAUCCACCUACUAACCAAUCAGGGAGCGUACAAACUGAGAAUCGAUAUGGAGGAUUGGGAGGGCGAAAGGCGCUACGCGGAAUACGGACAGUUUCGCGUCAACAGCGAGAACGACAACUUCCGCCUUCUUGUGAACGGUUACUCCGGAACGGCGGGCGACGCCUUCUCGUGGUAUCACAACUACCAGGCGUUCAGCGUACCGGCACCGGGAAAUACCUGCGCCAUUUUGUCCAAGGGUGGGUGGUGGUAUAACUCCUGCUUCUACGCCAACCUAAAUGGCAAGUACUACCGUGGUGGGGAGUACGGAAAUUCUGGCUCCAGUAUUCCGGACGGAAUAGUCUGGAAUCACGAGGACUGGAGAAAUACAGACUAUUACUCCCUCAAGUUUGUUGAGAUGAAAAUCAGACCAGCCAACUUUUAAUCCAAGAAUAGUAACAAAACAGAAGUGCAACAAGUACUGUCCUUAUAUAAAGUAUCAAAAGAUGUACAUUAUAUAUGUUAUAUAUAAGUUAAAGUAACACAAGAAUGCACUCAAAAGACUUCAACUGUUUGCUUGCAAUAAUGUGUAUUUAAGAACCAUGAAUGAUGAGAAAAUCUUAAUAUUUCUUCCUGUACAUAAUACAUACAUACAUGUAGAGAUAGAGGCUUCAAUAUUUAACUUCUCAGCUCUAUAGACUUGUGAAUAAAGAUUAUCUUCAAACCAUCAACCUGGAUUUGACUAAAAUGC